AUGCAGAAAUCCCCUCGUCUUACCGAAUUCCAUAAGCAGGCGAGAUCAGAAUUUGCGCGCAAGAAUAUGGGAAUACAGUGGAACGAUGUGGGUUUCUCUGUUACCAUGCUACCCACCGCUGAAGUAAAGAAGCACGCCAAGCAAUCUCUAGAACUCGCAAAAAUCGGAAAAGGACCAAGCGAGCUCCAGAAUGGAAAGGAGUUCUACAAAUACAUGUUCACUAACCAUCCUGAUCUCCGCCGCUAUUUCAAAGGUGCUGAAUCCUUCACAGCAGAUGAUGUGGAAAAAAGUGAGAGGUUCGAAAAGCAAGGUCAGCGUAUUCUUCUUGCAGUGCACAUCCUUGCAGAUACAUUCGAUGACGACAUGACAUUCCGUGCAUAUGCUCGUGAAACCGUCAACAGACAUCGUCAAUACAAGAUGGACCCUGAACUGUGGAGUGCUUUUUUCACCGUGCUGGUGAACUUCCUUGCGUCUCGUGGAUCAGUUUCGGAUGAGCAGAAGAAGGCGUGGGAACAACUCGGGAAAGUGUUCAACGAAGAGUGCCAAAGUCACUUGACAUCCCUUGGUUUACCACAUUGUUAG